ACAUGGCAGCGGUCGGGGACAUGAUGGAAACAAAGCAGGGUCGUCAGAAUAUCACUGUAGCCAUGCACAUAUGAAAUAUUAUUAAAUAUUUCCUCGGGACUCUCUCACUGGUACCUGACGAAUCUCAUUGCGCCGAUCACCCGAACGUGGGUCACUUAUGUUGUUGCUAGGCAACGACUCCGACGUUCACGACGUAGCGUAGCUUAGGUAGCUAGGUUGGUUAGCGUCACAGCUGCUAGAUGCCCAGGCAGCUAGUAUCUUGAUCGACACAAAAGUUUCCUUGGAAUUUCCGCGUCUCACAUAGUUUUACUUCUUAUUAUAUUUCGGUUCCGUUCGCCUGGGCAUUUUAAAUUUAGAACAAUAAUAAUAAAUAAGCACGACUGUUCGCCUCCUUCAGCCGACGCGCUAGCAGAACUGCAGCCUCGCUCAGCAACGGGAGGAGAUGCACCGUAAGGUGGACGCUUCGCCACGAGCAAAGGCGGCUCGGCGGAGGUAGCUUCCUGUGGGGCGCUCGCGCACCAACACCGCUGCCGCCGAUGCGCGCGAGGGGAGCGACCAUCUAGGCUAGAGUAGUUGCCGGAGCGGCGCGCGCGGGACCCUGUGUGACCGAACAUGGCUCUGCUCUACUUUGUGCUCUGCGCCUUCCGCAAGUGCCUCGACCUCGUGUGUCUGCUGCUCGACCUGAGCGUGUGGCUGCUGUCCGCGCUGCUCUCGGCGCUGCACCACCUGCCGCUGCUGCUGUGCAGCUCGGCCGCGGGCUGCUGGAACCUCGCGCUCUUCUGCGCGCUCACGGUGUCCGAGGGCGUGGCCAGCGCGGCCCAGGGCUCCCUGCACGUGCUGGCCGGGUGGCUCCAGCUGCUGGGGGGCGUGUCCGAGAGCUUCAAGAUGCUGGGCCACUUGCUGUCGCACGUGCUGCUGCGGGCGCGGGAGCUCCUGCACCGCGGACUGCUGUCGGGCCACUCGGUGCUGCGGCAGGCGUGCGACGCCUGCGGCAUCCUGCUGAGCCUGGCGCUCUACCUGGUCAACACCGUGGUCAACAUGCUGCUCAUCGGCACGCAGAACUGCUUCGCGGCCCUGGCCGGCGCCUGGGAGGCCGUGUCGGGGCCCCUGCACGAGGCCCUGGAGCUCAGCCUCACCCUGCUCACCUUCCUGCACAGCAGCCUGGUGGGCACCUCUAUCUUGCUGUGGACGCCGUGCCAGGUGGCCCUCGAGUUCCUGGGCUCCCUCGGUCACGUUUUUGCCACGGUGUUCCUGCUCAACGUCUACGGCCUGGUGAUCACGCUGGUUAUCGUCGCCGUGGUGACGCUAUACCUGAACCCCGGGCUGCCCCGACGUGGGGCCCAGCAGGUGAGUGGCACGCUUGCCAUUCAGCGCCUGCAGAGGGCGCUCUACCGCCUCUACUUGCUGGCGCUGGAGCGCGCACAGGCCACUCUGGAGGUGGUCAUGUGGCAACGGACAGCCUGGCAGGGCAGUCAACCCGGAGCAAGGACGCCGCAGGCCUCUGCUGGCGCCCAUGGCAGUGACAGAGGUGGCAGGGAUCUCCCGGAUCCGGGGCCUGCGGGUGACUUGGCCGCCCACGUGCAGCAUCCUCCAGACUAUGCAGGGUGGGAAAGGGAAGAUGACUCCCCAUCAGAGGGACCCUCGCUGGGCUACGGCUCCCCAGACCCUUCCCUGGACUGUCCCGGCUCGGACAGGCUCUUCGAGGGCCACCAGCCCCUGCUGCCAGAGGCCCCGUACAAGGACACUGCCGCCACCACCAGCCUCCUGACCCUUCUGAAAGAGCACGAGGAGCGGAAAAAGUGCGUCAUCUGCCAGGACAGCGCCAAGACGGUGCUGCUACUGCCCUGCCGCCACCUGUGCCUGUGUCGCGCCUGUGCUGACAUCCUGCUGUGCCAGCCGGCCCCCCAGCACAGCUGCCCGCUCUGCCGGCACACCAUCCUGCACACCAUGGACGUGUACCUCUGAGGACAUCCCCUGGCACUGGGUCAGCUCCGAUUCGUUGACCCGUCCUGCCAUGCUGCACACCGCCUCUUUUAAUGCUUAGGGUUUGUCCGGUUACACGCGUGAUGAUGCAGCACAGCACUGUACCGCUUAGUACAAGUACCAGCUUAGAUAUAAUUUCUUCUGUCUGCCAUAAGGUUUGCCCACAGCUUUUAACGACAAACAAGUUUUCAUUCUGUAAGGUGAAUUAUGUCUUGUCCUUUUUCAGAAAUACAACAGCGACUCGCACCUUGUCUGUCCAUAAAAAAACACGGAUUGCCGCCACUUCUUUAAUGUACACGGUAUAUGACAGAGUCCAGCACGGUGCCAGUUAAUCGCCGGGCACAGACAUGACACGGUCUCGCAGCUGGCGUUGGAGCUGCAGCCCACUGUUGGUUGACUAGAACCCGUUCUUUUUUGUGACUAUUGCUCUGCUCUGCAAACGGAACACGUACUCCUUAUUGGCCUAAUAUACUACGGUACUUCGUUUAUUGCGAGGCCUGCGGCGUUACCAACUUUUCACAAGUUUGUGUUCCUUAAUUGAUUUUUUUUUCCUCUCAUUUCCUCUAAGACGUACGGUGUACAUAUGUUUGCUGAUUAAGGUCGUUUUGUUUCGUACAAGUCAACGGAAUGCAUUAGUAGUUAAGGAACCGAACCCACAAUCAGAGGAGCAUUGCCAUCACCCUAAAGCAAGAUGCACAAACUAAUGUACAACUGCACUAACAGAGAACUUAUAUAAGGCUAAGCAAAUAAGUCAUGCAUUUUUUUAAUGUCUCACAUUAUUGAAAAGGAUGCUUGUGGCUUUCUGACAGUCUGGAAAACACUUAUCCAAAAUGACCACUUGCAGUGUAGGAACUACAAACUAGAAGAUGUUUUUUAAAGAACUGCUGUCUUUGAGAACGGUGGUCUUAUUCCUGUCUUGUUUGCCUUAUCCAUGGGUAUUAACUGUGAAUUCUAAGUUUUGAACGUGUCACUGGUGUUAUGUUGUCUUCCUUUCCUUUGAGAGAAACACCUUUGCCAUCCGUGUUUAUCAUAUUGCCUGCAUGUUUACAUUUUGUUCUCUCUGUAUACCUGUGAUCUUCAAAAAAAAAAAAAAACUACAUUCUAAAUAUUUCCACUGUUCAGAGAUCAUGAAAAUAAACUCUCAGCACUUACGUAUUUGAACACCGUGUGCCGCAGCAACGUGAUACAUAUUGCAAAAGUAGUAACCGGAAUCAUGGUCUUCACGAUGUUCACUAGAACUUGUUAAAAAAGCACUAUGGAACACAUUCCUCUACACGCCUUC